UCAAACGUUGUGGUGGCUAGGCAGGUGUAGGGACCCUGGGGACUCGAGUGCCACUCUCUUAUAGAUUAUCUCAACUCCGUUUGCCAUCAAUUACUGAUUGAAGUCAAACAAUCAAACCGGGAUUGCUGUCUACUGCCUUACAGUACUCUCUCACUGCAUUACCAAUGCGAGGAUACUGUCUGUGUAUACAGUCAGCGAAUAAACGGACAGGAGGCGAGCAUGUAAAAUAGUCACUGCCAAAAUGGACAAAGGGAACUACAUCAUUGCUUCGCUUCUUUUUCAACUGAUGGACUUAAUAUGCGGACAAUUAUUUCCAGGCAGCUGUUCGUUUGAAGAGCACUACAACAGCUGUGGCUACAGUGUGGCCCUGGGGACCAAUGGCUUCGCCUGGGAGCAAGUCAACACUUGGGAGAGGCCCACUAUGGACGCGGCUGUUCCCACAGGUUCUUUCAUGGUGGUGAACGGCUCGGGCCGGGCGUCGGGGCAGAAGGCCCACCUGCUCCUGCCCACCCUGAAGGAGAAUGACACCCACUGCAUCGACUUCCACUACUCUCUAUCCAGCCGCGAUGGCUCCAGUCCCGGGGUGCUCAACGUCUACAUCAAGGUGAACGGCGGCACCCAGGGAAACCCUGUGUGGAAUGCCUCCGCCUCGGUGACAGAGGGCUGGGUCAAGGCCGAGUUGGCAAUCAGCACCUUCUGGCCCAACUCCUAUCAGGUGAUAUUCGAGGCCAUAUCCAUACAGGGCCAUCCAGGGUUCAUCGCGGUGGACGAAGUCCGAGUAUUGGCCCACCCGUGCCGGAAAGCACCUCACUUCCUUCGGCUGCAGAAUGUGGAGGUGAACGUUGGCCAGAACGCCACCUUCCAGUGUACUGCUGGGGGGAAGUGGUCCCAACACGACCAACUGUGGCUACAGCAGUGGAACGGUAAAGAUACAGCCCUCAUGGUGACGCGGGUGGUGAACCACCGACGUUUCUCAGCCACCGUCAGUGUCGGGGAUACGUCCCAGAGGAGCACCAGCCGCUACCGCUGCGUCAUCCGCUCCGAUGGCGGCUCCGGGGUUUCCAACUAUGCUGAGCUCAUCGUCAAAGCUCCCCCCACACCUAUAGCCCCUCCGGAGCUCCUGGCGGUGGGUGCUACCUACCUGUGGCUCAAGCCCAACGCCAACUCUAUCAUCGGGGAUGGCCCCAUCAUCCUGAAGGAGGUGGAGUAUCGCACCACUACAGGCAACUGGGCUGAGACCCACAUCGUGGACGCCCCCACCUACAAGCUUUGGCAUUUGGACCCCGACGUGGAGUACGAGAUCAAGGUUCUGCUGACCCGGCCCGGCGAGGGGGGCACAGGACCUCCAGGACCUCCGCUCAUCACCCGGACCAAGUGUGCUGACCCAGUCCACGGGCCUCAGAAUGUCAAUGUUGUGGACAUUCGGGCCCGCCAGCUCACCCUGCAGUGGGAGACAUUUGGCUACGCCGUGACGCGCUGCCACAGCUACAACCUGACAGUGCAGUACCAGUAUGUGUUCAACCAGCAGGAGUUUGCCGCCGAGGAAUUGAUCCAGACAUCAUCCCACUUCACCCUGCGGGGCCUGAGGCCCUUCGUCACUGUACGCCUUCGCCUGGUCCUCGCCAACCCAGAGGGAAGCAAGGAGAGCGAGGAGAUCACCAAGCAGACAGAGGAGGAUGUUCCUGGCUCUGUUCCUUUGGAAUCCAUCCAGACCGGACCGUAUGAGGAGAAGAUCUUCAUGCAGUGGAAGGCACCUAACGAGACCAAUGGCGUCAUCACGCUCUACGAGAUCACCUAUAAGGCUCUGAGCUCCUUGGACCCCAGUGCAGACCUGACCACCCAGCGUGGCAGGGUGUUCAAGUUACGCAACGAGACCCAACACCUGUUCGUGGGGCUCUACCCGGGCACCACCUACUUCUUCACCCUCAAAGCCAGCACCAACAAAGGCUUUGGACCCCCUGUAACCACCCGCAUCGCCACCAAGAUAGCAGCCCCAUCAAUGCCGGAGUAUGAGACAGACAUUCCCCCUCUGAAUGAGACGGACACCACCAUCACAGUUCUGCUGAAGCCUGCGCAGUCCAGAGGAGCUCCCGUCAGUGUCUAUCAGCUGGUUGUGAAAGAGGAACGCAAGCAGAAGGUGCGGCGGGCGGCCGACGUGCUGGAGUGCUUCUCCGUCCCGGUCAGCUUCAAGAAUGCCUCCAUCUUGGAUUUGCCCCACUACUUUGCAGCGGAGCUCCCCCCUACAUACCUGACUGUGGUGCAGCCUUUCAGCGUAGGUGACAACAAGACCUACAAUGGCUACUGGAACCCCCCUCUCUCACCAGCCAAAAGCUACAGCAUUUACUUCCAAGCCCUGAGCAAAGCCAAUGGGGAAACCAAAAUCAACUGUGUGAGACUGGCUACUAAAGGCGCGUCCACCCAGGACUCAGACGCUGUGGAGCCCGAAAAGCAGGUGGACAGCACCGUCAAGAUGGCCGGUGUCAUCGCGGGCAUUCUCAUGUUCAUCAUCAUUCUACUGGGAGUGGUUCUCACCUUCAAACGCAGGAAACUGGCCAAAAAACAGAAGGAGACAGCCAGCAGCAGCAGCACCCAGAGGGAGAUGGGACUGGUGAGCACGGCUGAUAAGAGUACCACCAAAGUCAGCACUCUGCACAAGGACGACCCCUUCUCCACCAGCAGCCAGGACAUCAACGGUUUCACAUCCCCCUCUCCCUGCUCCUUCUCUCUGCAAGGCAAAACGCUGCAAAGCAAAUCCCUCUUGAAUUCCUACUACUCAGUGUCGAAGGAGCCAGUCCCUGCAACAACAUCCAUUGACAGCAGCCAUAGUGAGAUGGCCCAGCCAUCGUUGACCAUCCAGACGUACCCGUACGGGGGCUGUGAGUCAGUGGAGAUGUCCUACCAGGCCGGCCAGUUCCAGCCGGCCAUCCGUGUAGCCGACCUCCUCCAACACAUUACCCAGAUGAAGUGUGGCCAGGGAUACGGCUUUAAGGAAGAGUAUGAGGGCCUGACCGAAGGACAGGCGGCCCCAUGGGAGACCGCCAAGAAGGAUGACAACCGCAACAAAAACCGAUAUGGCAACAUCAUCGCUUAUGACCACACUCGAGUCAGGCUGCAACUGCUGGAUGGAGACCCCCACUCAGACUACAUCAACGCCAACUACAUAGACGGGUAUCAUAGACCAAGACAUUACAUCGCCACACAAGGCCCCAUGCAGGAGACAGUGAGAGAUUUCUGGAGGAUGAUCUGGCAGGAGAAUUCCGGCAGUAUUGUCAUGGUUACCAACCUGGUGGAAGUGGGCAGGGUGAAGUGUGUGAGGUACUGGCCUGACGAGACCGAAGUGUACGGAGAUGUCAAGGUGACACUGAUCGAGACAGAGCCUCUGGCCGAGUAUGUAAUCCGCACCUUCACAGUACAGAAGAAGGGCCACCACGAGAUUCGAGAAAUCCGUCAGUUCCACUUCACCAGCUGGCCUGACCACGGGGUACCCUGCUAUGCCACCGGCCUCCUGGGCUUCGUCCGCCAGGUCAAGUUCCUCAACCCGCCCGACGCUGGCCCCAUUGUGGCCCACUGCAGUGCUGGGGCUGGAAGGACAGGCUGUUUCAUAGCUGUGGACAUCAUGCUGGAUAUGGCUGAGAACGAGGGAGUGGUGGACAUCUUCAACUGCAUCCGGGAGCUGCGCUCACAAAGGGUUAACAUGGUGCAAACCGAGGAGCAGUAUGUUUUUGUCCACGACGCCAUCCUCGAAGCCUGCCUGUGUGGAAACACAGCCAUCCCAGUCUGUGAAUUCAGAGCCAUAUACUACAACAUCAGCAGACUGGACCCACAGACCAACUCCAGCCAAAUUAAGGAUGAAUUUCAGACUCUGAACAUCGUGACUCCCCGGGUCCGGCCUGAAGACUGUAGCGUGGGACUGCUCCCUCGGAACCACGACAAGAACCGCAGCAUGGAUGUCCUGUCUGUGGAUCGAUGCUUGCCCUUCCUCAUCUCCGUGGACGGAGAGUCCAGUAACUACAUCAACGCUGCCCUCAUGGACAGCCAUAAACAGCCAGCAGCCUUCAUCGUAACCCAGCACCCACUGCCCAACACGGUGGCCGACUUCUGGAGGCUGGUGUUCGACUACAACUGCUCCUCGAUAGUAAUGCUCAACGAGAUGGAUGCCGCACAGUUGUGCAUGCAGUACUGGCCCGAGAAGAGCUCCUGCUGCUAUGGCCCCAUCCAGGUGGAGUUCAUCUCAGCCGACAUCGACGAAGAUAUCAUCAACCGCAUCUUCAGGAUCUGCAACAUGGCCAGGCCCCAGGAUGGUUACCGUUUGGUGCAGCAUUUCCAGUUCAUUGGCUGGCCCGCUUACCGCGACACGCCCCUGUCCAAGCGCUCUAUCCUGCAGCUGGUGAGACGUCUGGCCAAGUGGCAGGAGCAGUACGAUGGGGGGGACGGACGCACCGUGGUCCACUGCCUGACGGGUGGUGGACGGAGUGGUACCUUCUGUGCCAUCUGCAGCAUCAGUGAGAUGAUCCAGCAGCAGAACAUUGUAGACGUGUUCCACACCGUCAAGACGCUGAGGAACAACAAAUCCAACAUGGUGGAGACUAUGGAACAGUAUAAAUUCUGCUAUGAAGUUGCUCUGGAGGCCCUUAGCGCAUUCUGAGAGACUGCCUCUCGUGUCUGUGGGACACAGUGCUGACUGCAGAAACACCAACCCAUCCGAGGCAGGGGAUGUGUGGGUGCAACCACACACACAUGAAACUGUACAGAAGAAGAAAAAAAACGCCCUCCACACUGGGUUCAUGUGCGCACUUCUGCAAGACUGGGACCGCUUUUGUUUGUAUAAAGAAAAAAUGAAAUGACAACCUCAACCCUUUUCUUCUCUCUUCAGUGUCCAUCUUGAACUGUGAUGUGAUCUUGUACAGUAAUUUCCUUUUUAGAUAUAUGCCUUGAAUGUCACACCCUCAAUGUAAAAGUACAACCUGGAAGAAUAGCUGAGAUCAUGGGGAUCCUAAUAAAAAUACAUGCAGAUCAACCAACAGAACCGAUACCACCAGACAGACAAAGACAGAAGAUUCAAACUCUCCCUGGCUUUGCACCUCUUUUUAAUGAACCUUAAUAACGACUGUAUUAUAUGCCCCCCCCCCCCAACCGGUUGAACAUAAAAUAGCAGAUACAUUUUGUAAUUCUUUGGAUUUUGUGGUUCUUGCAACAUGUUUACAUCCAUGUUCACACACUGAUUUCCUCACAUUCGCAAUGUGAUGUCUUCAGUCAACGUUUUGGUUUGUUUUGAUAUUGUGGCAUGUUCUCAUCAUCCUGGUGUCCCAUGGCUCUUGUGCUAUGCAGACAAUCAUGAAUUCCGAGGCCCAUUCUGGUUUUCUCCAUUGAAAGGGAGAGUCAGUCAACGCUUUAGCAUUCUUUGCUGGCGCUACGUAUACAGUAUUCAUCAAAGCGUUCAUGUGUUUUGUAUUUUGCACUGCUUUACCCCCAAACACCCAUUCAACUCUUGUGUAAUUUGAUCGACAGUGCCAUAUUCACAUCUUUCAGCGCACGUACGAUUUUAACCAAAUUGUGAAGAAACGUGUCAGCCCGAUAAUGUUCUAGUAAUAUGCACCUCAAGCUUGUCAAACACUGUAGCAGCCCCUGCCCUACUGUUGCCCAACCUCAGGUUUUGGUGAGAAGAAUACUUUCCUUUUCAUCCUUGAUCAUUCUGCGCCCAUACUCUAGGAGCAGUUUGGCUUUGUGUAAGAAUGUCCUUAUAUGGACACCAUACGUGUGUUCUGCCAUUACUCUCUCCCUAUGCAUCUAAUACAUACUGUUUGACAUGGAAACAGAAUCCAGAAUCUGAAGUUGUGAACCCAACUCUUGAAUGAGGCAGGGAUUUGAUCCAAGCGCUUGAGUUUUAUAGGCAAUGUUACCGCGUUUGCAUAAAUCACAUUCAAGGUAGACUGCAGAUGUUGGCUCAUUUGGAAAUUACCUAUAAAUUACAAGCGUUCUAUGGUGCGAGUCCCAGCCUGAAUUUUGCAAGCUAACUGUUUUAUUUUUAUUUGUUGUGUUUUCUGUCCAUUGGAUGGUUUUAGUACAGUGUUGUAUAGGGCUUUUUCAGUAGAAUGUUUUGCUCAACAUGGACAGUGACUUGAAGAAGUCUUACAUCAACUCACAGCGUAGUUGUACUAUUGACAUGUGGUUGUUUGGUGACUGAAAGCACAAAGAGAAACAGUGUUGGAUUUUGAAUGGAAGAGAGGAUAAUGUGAAUGCAAGUUGUUUUCCUUUUUUUCCCAAUAGGCUUUAUUAGGCUUUUCAUAUCUCCACUAUCUGUGUUAUAUUUUGUUUUCCUCCUUUUUUUCUUGAAUUUGUCUAACUUUUUUUUUUUUGUCUAGCAAAGUGAUAUUUAGAACUGGUGAUGAAAUUGCCAUGGUUGUUUUGUUGUUAGAAAAUGUGGUAACAUCAAAUAAAGGGACCAAAAUGUUGAACAAUA